AUGUCCUGUGGACAUCCUUUGGAUCAGUCUGCCAACUGGCGCUAUCUGCUGAUCUGUCAGGAAAAAGAAAGUGAGAGAAGUUCACUCUCAUCAGCAUGGAAGAGUCAGCCUGGGAGCCAUUCUGUCAUUUCUCUGAAGGAGUCUAGUGUGAAACGAGGGAGAGCAAUAUUUGAAAAGAUGUCAUCAGAAAAUGGCCACAGCAACAGCUCUGGAGUGGGUUCUCGCAAACCCGUAAGAAGACUACCUAAAGAGAGCACUCCCAGGGCUGAUAACACACUGCUCGAUUUCCAGGAGACUGUCUCCUUGAAAGAAAGAAUGGCUAUGUACAAGGCUGCUGUGUCCGAGAUAGGAAGUAGCAACUCCUUUGCUCAUACAGCAGAGAAAACCAAGUUCUGUACUGUGCCUGGUGGCCUGGCAGCAGUGAGGAAACAAUUUGAGAAAGUGCAGAUGACCUCUUCACAAAAGACCUUUGCUCAGUACGAGUACCAGCACAAAUCUGUACAGGAAAAGUCAAGUAGUAGUCAGUACACAGUAUCAAGCAGCACCAGGGAAGCUGAGUUCAAUGAAAUGACCUCCAAAGAAAGUCAAAUGGAAGCGGCUCAAACACAAGAGGUUUCUCAUCGCGAGCAAGUUACUCAUGAGAUAAAAAUGGCUUCUACAUUCACUCAGCACACUGAUGAAACAGUAAUCAACACAGCUCAGAACGAAGAGCUCCCAAAGACUGUAACACAGAUUUUAAAAGAGCAGAUUGAAAGGACAGCCCAGGAAAAGGCUGUUCGCUCUGACAGAGAGACUGCAACACCUGCAAAAGAAGUAAAGAAACUGCAGAUUCAGGAAAAUGAAACGUGCAGACUCUGUCAACAGAGAGUUUACCCAAUGGAAUGCCUAGUUGCUGACAAGCAGAAUUUUCAUAAAUCAUGUUUCCGAUGUCACCACUGUAGCAGUCAAUUAAGCUUGGGAAAUUACGCCGCUCUCCAUGGAAAAAUAUAUUGUAAACCCCAUUUUAAGCAACUUUUCAAAUCAAAAGGAAAUUAUGAUGAAGGUUUUGGAUACAAGCAGCAUAAAGAAUUAUGGAAUUCUAAAGAUCAGUGUAGCUCAGUUGGCAAUAUUCAUGCUGAAGAAACAAAUCCCAUUAAUAGUAUACCUGUUGAUCCUAAACCAAUUACUGAAAUUGAUCAAGACUUGUACUCAGGUACUGAAGGUAUUCAUCCUGAUAUUUUGGAUAAUAAUUUGAAAAAAUCCACAGAAAGAGGUAAACUGAAGAUGAAAUGGCCACCUUCAACAGAUGAUACAACACCUAAGAAAACAUUUUCUAUUGAAGAAGUGGCUAAAGUAAAUAAGCCAAAGUGGCCCCCAGAAGGAUUUGCUCAAGAAGAUUCCAGUUUACAUACAAAUAAACCUCUGGGCAAUAAAAAGGAUCCUCAGAAAAAAAAUGCUGUGAGACAGCAAAAUAAAAAUGACACUGCAAAUGCACAACAAAACCAACGCUCAUCCCUUAGCUCUCUGCCUGAAAAACAAGCUACAGAUAUCUCUCAAGCAAAGAAAAAUGAAGCAGGCAGUAAGGAAACAGAUGAGGAAGCUGGGAACGUGCAAGAUAAGCCGAAUAGAACAGGAGUAUCACAGAAUAGGGAGGAAAAUGGAAAGGAUAUUAAUGAAGAUGAUAAUGUGAUUGUGAAAAGUGCUGGGAAGGAGCAAGAGAAAAAAAUUAGUGAAACUGAUAAUUCAGAAGUUGUACAGGUUACUAACAUUGAUGAUAUCACAGUACAAAAAAAUCACAAAGAAUUCAGCUUGAAUAACAAUAACAAUAAUGCCACUUUUUCACACCUAAACAUUUGUAGGCAGGAAGCAACUCUCUCAGCUACGUCUAAGCCAAUGACAGCAUUAAGCCAUGCAAUUUGCACUGUAUCACAGCAUGCUGUUGCAAAGCUGGAAAAUCGGUCUGGAAAUGAAGAACUAUUUGAGAUAUAUGAAUUUCAUGAGCGCUAUUCUCGCGAUACUGUAACUGUUUCAUGGGAUGAAGAGAACUCAAGAGAUGAAGAUGCUGUUACUUUUAACGGUCUUACUCAAUUUAAUAAAGAUGCUACUUGUCAGAAGUCUCAUACAAAGAGCACAUUAGUUUUCAAGGAGGCAACUGAUACUACAUUCCCUGUUGAUACUGAGUUGGUAUGCACUGGAAAAGAACCUGACACUCUGAAAACUUCUUUUCUUCAAAAAGACAACCUGGCUUUAGACUGUGGUCUAAUAGACUCAGUAAACAUAACUAAAAAGUCCUGCAGCCCAUAUUCAAAAGAACAUGGGAAUUAUGAUACAGAACUGAAUGGUAUUAAUGCCUGUCAAGAAAGUGAAACAAUCGAAGUGUCAAAGAAUGACAUAAACACAAGCUUAGAUUUACUGAGCUCAAGAUAUACAGCUGUUCCAUCAUUCCAAGCUGAAGUUCAGGGUGCUCAUAUUGCCCCUGUUAAGACCCUACCUGGUGUCAGCCUGGAGCUUGCUCUAUCUAGAAACUCAAAAACAGAAAGGCAGAAAAUAGAAUUAACCAUGGGGAACUUCUUUGUUGACACUGAGAGUAUUGUGCUUGUACAGUGUCCUGUCUACAAGAGGCCUUCUGAACUGAUAAACAACCUGCACGUAAAAGGAAAAAACCUUCACUCUGCCAGAGUGGAAUUAGCAUGA